AUGGCAAAUUUCUCGCAAAUGGCCAAGGCAAUUGAUGUCAACAAAUGGGCCUCUAAAAGUCUCUUGAGUCCUCUUGAAAAACUUCCCUCUCGACCCUCUCGUCCCCUUUUCGGCCAUAGAAGUCGCAACAGGACCGCAGAUGGCUUGCUCAAGCCUACAAGACUCUUCCAGCUUUCUAUUGGUUCUCAAUCAGAAUACGAGCUUGACUUCCCACAGCAGACCUCGGAAACUUCCUACGGAGAUUACGACAACAUCUCGGUCAUCACACUUGUCAGGGAUGUCGAUAACAUCCACCACCCCAUUCCAUCUCAUGUUCCCAGAGAGCUUUAUUGCAGCCAUUCCGGGUCCUUCAGUGUCUCAUCGGUCUGUGCUGAAGCGCAGGAAGAGCAUCAGAGGCCUGAGCUCAUCACAGAAGUGAUUGGAGAUAUUGACGAGUUUCUGUCUAGCCUCAAACUUGGACACAGUCGGGAGGGACUUGCUUGGGACUACCGUGAAAGGGACUUUUUCAUUGCAUCUCAAGAGCCUCUGCCACUGCAAAUCCCGGCGAAGAGCAAGCCAAUCAUUCACGGAAGCCAACCUAUACACCCCAACGUUGAGGCAAAGCCAUUGUUCACCAUAAAUGAGGAAGUCAACAACCGCGGAAAUGGACCUUCCAAUCAACCGACUUUGCCUAUGGCCCUUCCUUUAACAAAGCACAACGGCUUUGUUGACCCAUCUAUGGUCCCCGCGCCUCUGAGCAUCAUCAAGCGAUCCAAGGCUGAUGCUAGCCGCAAAUUCAAGCGUCCAUCUCCACUGCGUGCUCGAGGUAACAAAAAGCCGACUGAGCCCAGAGACAUCGAGUAUACCAGAAGACAACAAACCAGAUUGCGACCGGACUCGCCUCCAUCUCUCGGUCCUCUCUUCGACGAGAGCGCAUUUGGCACUCCUGUGGUUCCCUUCCUACCCAUUGUCGAGCCUCGUCAGCUCUUCUUUCCUUCGCCGAAUUCGAUCGCUUACCUCGAGCACGAGCUUUCUGACGUGAUCGAUCUCGACACUGAUGAUGUCCCUACGGUCAUUGAGAAUCCCACUAGCGCUGCUGGCGUUUCUCAGUGGGACGAAGAAGAUUCCAUUGACUUCUUGCUCGGCCCCAUCGCAAAUGCGCCGCCUCCCGUACCACCACACAGGGUGCUUGUCCAGCCACAAGACCCCUUGUUAAACCGAGGCGUUGUGCUUGGCUGGCUGGAAGAUUCGGAGACUGUCAGCGGUGGCCAGGAUGCUACCAGCCAUAACGAGUUUGGUGCUCCUCGUCCCUGUCGUGUUCGAGACGUUAAUGCCAGUAGCAAUGACGAAGCCGAUACCCCUUGUCCGCUUCGUGCUCAAGACGUCAACGCUCGCGUCAAUGCCGGCAUCGAUGCUCUGAUCUACCCGAUUGUGCAGGCCGAGAACGACUUCGCGUAUUAUGAGGAUGACUUCCUUCACGAAGUCAUGACUGCUGUGAGUGAGACCCAAGCAACUGACCUAGAUGAGCAGCUUCGGCUCCUAGGUCCAGUCUAUCCAAGCAGAAUCCUCCUGUGGCCUUUGCACCAUCCCGCCACGGACACUGAACCCGAGAAUGCCUCUCAAGAGGGCGUCGAGCGUAGUCAAUCAACUCCCGUAUCGACCGUCACUGAAGAGCUUCCCGAGAGCCCCAAGUGUUUUUUGUGA